AUGUCUGACGGUGAUGCAAUCAGUGCUUCGGAUUUCUACGUAAGGUAUUACGUCGGGCACAAGGGAAAAUUCGGCCACGAGUUUUUGGAGUUCGAAUUCCGACCAAAUGGGCAGCUUCGAUAUGCCAACAAUUCCAAUUACAAAAAUGACACAAUUAUUCGGAAAGAGGCAUUCAUAUCCCCAGCAGUACUGCAGGAACUGAAGAGAAUAGUGGAAGAUUCGGAAAUCAUGCAGGAAGACGAUGCUAACUGGCCAGAACCGGAUAAAGUUGGACGACAAGAGUUGGAAAUUUUGAUGAAUAAUGAACAUAUUUCUUUCACGACGGGAAAAAUCGGUUCAUUGGCAGAUGUUAACAACAGCAAGGACCCUGAUGGUCUUCGUUCGUUUUACUACCUGGUUCAAGAUCUCAAAUGUCUUGUGUUCUCCCUGAUUGGACUUCAUUUCAAGAUCAAGCCUAUUUAA